AUGUUCUAUGAUUGUCGUUACAUAUCUGCUUGCGAAGGAACAUGGCGUUUAUUCGGAUUUGACAUUCAAUUCAGAGUUCCUGCAGUUGAGAGAUUGAGUUUCCAUUUGCCUAAUCAACAAUUAGUUGUUUAUGGCGAUGAUGAUUGUGUUGAUAAUAUUUUGAGUCGCCCGAGUGUUGGAGAAAGUAUGUUUUUAGCUUGGUUUGAAGCUAAUAAAAAGUUUCCCGAAGCUAAAGAGUUAACUUAUGGUCAGAUGCCCAACAAAUUUGUUUGGAGAAAGGAUGUUAGAAAGUGGCAUUUUAGACGUAAGGGGUUUGCCAUUGGACGUAUGUUUUUUGUUCCUCCAGGUUCUGGUGAAAUUUAUUAUCUAAGGUGUUUGUUGAACUUGGUUCGUGGUGAAACAUGUUAUGAAGAUCUUCGUAUUGUUGAGGGGGUGCAGUAUAGUUCGUUUCGAGAUGCAUGCUAUGCUCGUGGUUUAUUAGCAGAUGACAAGGAAUAUGUUGAUGCGAUUAAUGAAGCAAGUAAAUGGGCAUCUGCAACUUCUAUGAGGAGACUAUUUGUUACUAUGCUUACUUCAAACGUUCUUAUUCGACCAGAAGUUGUUUGGGAGGCAGUAUGGAUAUUCUUAGCUGAAGAUGCGGAGUUCAACCAGCGGAAACUACUAGAUAAACCAGGUUUAAUCCUCACAGAUGAAGAAAAGGCAGACUAUGCUUUGGUGGAAAUUGAAAAGCUUUUACGUGUAUUUGGAAAAAGUAUUUCUUGCUUUCCCUCUAUGCCUCUGCCAAAUAUGAGUUCCUCAUCUUCUCAUGGAAAUCAGUUGUUAGAUGAAGAAUUGUCAUAUGAUUGUGAUGCUCUUAAAGUUGAACAUGAUAAUUUGGUCGAGAAAUUGACAGAUGAACAGAGGCAUGUUUAUGACAUAGUUCUUAGUGAUGUUGCGAAUGCUGGGGGUGGUUUAUUUUUUGUUUAUGGGUACGGAGGAACUGGUAAAACCUUUGUUUGGAAAACACUAUCAGCUGCUUUGCGUUCUGAGGGUCACAUCGUCUUAACUGUCGCCUCGAGUGGUAUUGCUUCUCUACUUUUGCCAGGUGGUCGAACUGCUCAUUCCCGAUUUGCUAUACCUAUAAAUAUAACUGAAGAUUCUACAUGUAACAUCUCUCAAGGGAGUGACUUGGCUAAUCUAAUUUUAAACUCCAAACUAAUUAUUUGGGAUGAAGCUCCGAUGAUGCAUAAACACUGCUUUGAGGCUUUAGACCGAACUAUGAGAGAUUUAUUACGGUUUGUGAAUCCUUUGAGCACAGAGAUGACAUUUGGAGGAAAAACGGUGGUUCUUGGUGGUGAUUUUCGACAAAUACUGCCUGUGAUUCCUAAGGGAACAAGACAAGAUAUUGUUGGAGCAAGCAUCAAUUCUUCUUAUCUUUGGCAAAAUUGUAAGGUUCUAAGAUUGACUAAGAAUUUGAGACUACAAAGAUUGGGCAAUGAUGACAGUGCUGAACAUAUCAAUUCGUUUUCGAAGUGGAUAGCUGGUAUGGGUGAUGGUUUGAUUGGUGGUCCAAAUGAUGGGUGUGCAAUAAUAAAUAUUCCAGAACAAAAUGUAUUGUGGCCACAUGGAGAUUCGAUAUCAGCUAUAGUAAAUAGUACAUUCCCGGAAUUUUGCUCAGGUAAUUUUGAUAUGAAAUCUAUUAAUGGUCGAGCUAUUUUGGCUCCAACUUUGGAUUUAGUGCAUGAAAUCAAUGAUUACAUGAGUGGCUUGAAUCCGACAGCUAUUAGAACUUAUUUCAGUUCUGAUUCUGUUUGUCAAUCAGAUUCUGGUGUCAACACUUUAGCUGGUUUACAUACAACAGAGUUUCUUAACACGUUGAAAUGCUCGGGUAUUCCAAAUCAUUGCCUUAUGUUGCAAGUUGGAUCUCCAGUUAUGUUGUUGCGCAAUAUUGACUACACUCUUGGCUUGUGUAAUGGUAUGCGAUUAGUCAUUACUAAAUUGGGAGAUCAUGUUGUUGAAGCGAAAGUGAUGUCAAGAAGUAGUAUGGGUACAAGAGUUUUAAUUCCAAGAUUGUCAUUGACACCGUCUGAUCCUCGAUUGCCAUUUAAGUUCCAAAGGAGAGUUGACAAUCCAAAUGGUCUUAAAGUGGUUGUUUUGAGUGAGAAUGGGGAGUAUUCUUCUUCAACUGUAAAUGUUGUAUAUCACGAGGUUUUUAAAAAUUUGUAA